GUGGUUUAUCUCAAAGUUUCAUUGGAUCGAAACAGAAUAAAUCAUGGAAAAUAUAAAAAUAUGAAGAAAAAAAGGUAUUACUAGCUGGUUUGUCAUUGGUAGUUAUAAGUUUGUUAGUACGUCGGACCAAUGGCAUUUGUCUUGCCUGAAUGGGGGUUAUUGGGUUUAUAAAUUUCCGUAUGUUACCGUACAAUCACAAAGAGACAUGACAGGACUUAGCAAAAAAGGCCAAAAUAACAACAUUAAAAAAAACAAAAAAAAAACGUAAAGGACGCAGGUGAGAUCCCAAACCUCCGGGGGCCAAGCUAGUCGGGCUGGCAGGCCCGGCGGCUUCAUUUCCCAAUCCCCCUUCUUUUCUCCUCUUCUCCAGUCGUUGUUUGUUUUUUUUUCCUUUUUGGGUACAUUUUUCACUCUUCGUUUUGAAUUCUUUGUUUUCUCGUUUGACCAUAAAAUCUCCAAAGAAGAUCAAUGGAAAUCAUGGAGAAGGUGAUUUCGUAGUGUUCUCUUUUGCAUCUCUUGAGUCUUGAUGGGGUCUGGUAAAGAAGAAGAAUGCGAGGUGGAUAUGGAGAAGGGACUUUCUCCACAGCCUUGCCAGUUGUCGGAGACAAUACCACUGCCGUCUCCGAGUCCGCCAAGGCCUGCUCUUGUUCUAUCCAAUUCAGGGAAGGCCCUGGUGGCAUCCAAUUCUGGAAAGGCCCUGGCGGUGUCCAAUUCUGGCAAGUCUCUUGCAGGUUCUAAUUCCGGAAAGCGGUUUGAUAAAAAGAAGUACGUGAAACAAGUCACCGGCCGACAUAAUGACACUGAGCUACACCUGGCUGCACAGCGUGGUGAAGUUGGAGCAAUCAGACAGAUUAUGGCAGAAAUUGAUGCUCAGAUGAUGGGGACACUUAGUGGAGCAGAAUUUGAUGCUGAGGUGACAGAAAUAAGGUUAGCAAUUGUGAAUGAGGUGAAUGAGUUGGGAGAGACAGCGUUGUUCACUGCAGCUGAGAAGGGGCAUUUGGAUGUGGUUAAGGAGCUGUUACAGUAUACGACUAAGGAGGGCAUUGCAUUGAAGAAUCAAUCUGGGUUCGAUCCACUGCAUAUUGCAGCAAGCCAAGGUCAUGAAGCCAUUGUCCAGGUGCUAUUGGACCACGAUCCAGGGUUAAGUAAAACAGUUGGACAAGCAAAUGCAACCCCUCUUGUAUCUGCAGCUGCAAAAGGACAUACAGCUGUAGUUAAUGAAUUGCUGAGCAAAGAUCCUAGCUUGUUAGAGAUAUCAAAAGCAAAUGGAAAAAAUCCGUUACACUUUGCUGCCAGGCAAGGGCAUGUCAAUAUUGUUAAAGCCUUGCUUGACAAGGAUCCACAAUUGGCAAGAAGGACUGAUAAGAAAGGGCAGACAGCAUUGCAUAUGGCAGUCAAAGGGGUUAGCUGUGAGGUGGUGAGAUUGCUUCUUAAGACCGAUGCAGCCAUUGUCAUGCUCCCAGACAAGUUUGGUAAUACAGCAUUACAUGUGGCUACUAGGAAAAAACGAACAGAGAUAUUGAACGAACUUUUACACCUCCCAGACACUAGCGUGAAUGCGCUUACAAGAGACCAUAAAACAGCUCUUGACAUUGCUGAAGGGCUUCCACUCUCUGAGGAAAUUGCUGAAAUAAAGGACUGUUUGUCUCGUUUUGGUGCUGUCAGAGCAAACGAGCUAAACCAGCCACGAGAUGAGCUCAGGAAAACUGUGAAAGAGAUCAAGAAAGAUGUGCAUAGCCAGCUUGAACAAACGCGCAAAACAAACAGAAAUGUUAAUGGCAUUGCCAUGGAGCUGCGUAAACUUCAUAGGGCAGGUAUUAACAAUGCCACCAAUUCAGUCACAGUGGUAGCUGUGCUUUUUGCAACAGGUGCAUUUGCAGCUAUUUUCACAGUUCCUGGGGGUGAUAAUGACAACGGAAUGGCUGUCGUCGUUAGCAGGACAUCAUUUAAGAUCUUCUUCCUUUUUAAUGCGAUUGCACUCUUCACUUCGCUCGCUGUUGUGGUGGUGCAAAUCACAGUUGUAAGAGGAGAGACGAAAUCAGAGAGAAGGGUUGUGGAAGUGAUCAACAAGUUGAUGUGGUUGGCUUCUGUCUGCACUAGUAUUUCAUUUAUUUCUUCAUCGUAUAUAGUAGUUGGUCGACAGAACAUGUGGGCCGCAAUUCUUAUAACAGUUAUAGGAGGAGUAAUAAUGGCAGGAGUUCUUGGCACCAUGACUUAUUUUGUUGUCAAAAACAAAAGGAUCCAAAAAUUAAAAAAGAAAGGGAAGAUUUCAAGGAAUGAAGCACGAUCACGGCGCUUAUCAGACUCUGAAACAGACGUGAACUCAAUCUAUGCCAUUUAAUGUUCAUACUACUUGGAACUGGCCUAUGAAGCCAGUACUUCUAACUUGUAAUUCAAGGAAAUGAGUGAAGCAGAAAAUGGGGCAGUUUUGUGUUGUAAGAAGCUUUAUUCUGUAAAUGUGUCUGGUAAGCAAGCAAAUCAAACUGAAACGAAACACAUAAUAAUGCAGCCUUGGCUGUUUGUUUAUUUUCUUUAAUCAUGCUGUAAAGCUGUUGCAUACCUUAUUAACUGUUGGAGAACCAGACGGUUAGACAUAGAUUUUGUACUGUAAAGUGCAUAAAUUUUGGCUUGUGUCAUCUGAUUGUUGUGAUAUUUUUCCAUGCAAAUUUGGGAAAGGGAAGCUCAAUAGCUUCCAAUUAAUCAGGCCAAACGUGUUCAUUGAAAAAGAAGGAUAAUGCAGAAGCUACUCUCUUAUUUUCAUUCUUCCCUCCAUUUCCAUUUCUUUUUUUUACUUAAAAUUUAGCAGAAUCCCAGAUAUUUCAACCAAUGUUAUAACACCAACCUCAUGAGCUUCUCAUUGGCAGCAUAAGCAUGCAUGUCAGCUACCUUAAUUAACAAAUUUUAUUGGCAAUAGUAUCAAUUAGGGUAUAUUUGGGUCUAAAAGGUACUUUAGUCAUUCUAUUCAUUAGAGAUCGUUAGUAGAUACCUAACAUAUAUAACUGACACAUGACUAUGUCACUAUUUUACCUCAUAAACUUUUUAUUUUUUACUUAUAAAUUAAGAUAUUUAGAUAUUAUCAUUUCAUUCAAUUUUAUUCAUACAUUCUUACUUUUCUCUUUUUCUGAUUUCUCUUAUGCCACACCUAACUUGAGUGUUAAAAUGUAAAGAUAGGGAAUACUUCUUAUUUUUAUUCUUAACCGUUCUCUUUUUCCUUUUGUAAUUUCUGUGUUUGAGGAUCACCUUGGACCUCGGCACCAGCAGUAUCAAUGAUUUGAGGUUGCCUUUGUGGCUGAUGAAGAGGAUGGAAUAAUGAGUCAGAUACAACUACCCAGUCCCUCACUACGCGUACUCCUUCCCACCAAUGGGCGCCGGACAAUGAAUAGUUAGAGGAACUGAGGAAGGUGGAAAUGGUGCCCCCAAAGUCAAAAAUAUUCGCAUGAAGAGACAAGAUGCAGAUGCAUGGCAAUAGGGGUUAGUUAAACAAUCCACAUCCUAAAAGUGAAAGAGAGAUAGCCUCCACUAAUAGUCAUAACAGCUACAACUAA